AAUUGUGCCAAACGGGCCUCUCGUACCUGUGCACCACGUGUAUUGCACAAAACAUAUUGGCCCACAUUGAUUGCACACCACACAUUACCAGAAACACAAUGGUUGGGAUCCGCGUUGGCUAACAUAGUUCGCAUAUGUUUGCAGCCACCGUUGGGUAAGGAACAAUUUGCAAAAGUGUGGGUCAGACGUGCAGCGACUUCACUACGAAUGAAGGCGUAGCUGAUUCUGGCAUGCACCACGUGAUUGUACACUCGCGACCUCGAAGACUUCGAUGCGUACUGCAAGGUCGACAGGACGAGCGCGCAUCCUGGUCUGGGGCAUGCCCGAGGGCAGCACCCUAGCUUGGAGACGUGGAAAUCAUGAACACCCCCUCGCGAUGAAAGGCUCUGCAUGCAGGGGCAGUGCUACGGAUCGCGUGCUCGUGCCAGCAGGGGCGUUCGGUCCAGACUCGGGCGUUUUACCUAUUCACACCGUGUCUGAGACCGUCGUCUGGUUGCAGUGGCUGUGAAUGUUUCCGCUGGCGCCUCGGGAGGAGGUCCACCCACAGUCGUGGCGCAUGAUUUUUCGUAGUUGCGGCUCGAGGCUGUUUCCAGUUAGUUUUUUUCAGUGCUUCACUUCCCCAGGCCUCUGGCGCAAGACGAUGUUCACGACGUUGGCCUUGGCGCUCUCGACCCCACUCCUGGGACUGGCUUUGCGCCGCGGAUCGCUGCUUGAUGGCCUCUGGGCUUGAACCGGCCCCCCGAAGCUAAUGCAGUAGAACGAGCGCCCGCUAUGACGUUGCGCCUGCAGGCCUGGGAUCUCAAGCUGGCGGGAUCCCCGAUUUGGGCGACAUGCCACCCGACGAUUUUCAAGCAGCCGCGCGCUCGUGCGCGCGGACCAGCCUGCUCGCAAAGUGUCAAGGAUGCGAUCUGGCGCCCGGAGGAGGGCAGGCUAUUAGGCAGGAGGAGGACGAAGAGGGCCCGGGGCCCGAACAUGGGAAGGAACGACUGCCGCUUGUCUGGCUCACGACUUCACCUAGCAGCACUCUCGCUUGGGCUGCGGGCGCGGUGCGCAUGCGUCUCCGCUGAGCCUAACACCAUCUGUUUUGCUCGCGACGCCUGGGACGAGAGUGGGAGCCGAGGCGGGCAUGAGCGGUGUGAAUUCGACGCGAGCGAGGCUUUCGCUUCGGUCGCUCGCACCCGCCCCUCCCUGCGACGCCCUCGGCUCCCGCGGCCCGUGGCCCCGCCCAGUGCGGCGUGCUGGGAGCGGGAGAAGGGGCCGCUGCCGGGUCUCCUCGGCCACAGGCACGAAUGACCCCUCGUCGUAGUGACCUUCGGGGCGUGGCCCCAGGGGGUGCCCAGAGCGAAUGGCCCUUCAUCGGAGUGACCUUUGGGUGUGGCCCCCGCUGGGGCUCCCAGGUCCCUCGCGCUCGCGAGCGCCCUUCCUUGAGACGCUCUGGACUCCCACGGCGUCUGACCCUGCCCGCUGCGCGUCGCUGCGGCGGGAAGAAAGGAGGGCUGCUGCUCGCCCUCCCUUGGGCUCCUGCUCCUGGUCCUGGGCUCCUCGUCGUCGUCGUCUUCCUCUGCUUGACCAUGCA